UGGGCGUGAAAAUCACCGUGACUACAUUGUUUAUUACCGUCUCUCGUAUUCUUGUACAGAAAACAUCUUACUCUUCUCACUGUCUGUCAGUGUUAUCGCUCAAACGUGGAGCUUUUGGCUUCUGUCGUCGCUUUAUAUCGUUUCAAAAAUCAGUUUGAUGCGUUUGUCUGACAGAAGUGUGUCAACCGCUAACAAGAUUCACGCCAGAAAACUAAAAAACUGGAUAAAUACAGACAAAUUUACCAGCUGGAGACAAGAGAGGGGUCAGCGUAAAUGGACCCUGUCCUGGCAGCAGCGUGUUAAUUCUGAACUCUUGCUGAUAAUCUGCUGAAACGCGUUUGAAACGGCACACGGCCGCCUCUCAGAGGCCAAUAAUAAGUGCACAAUGUCCAUCACAAACACACCGACCAGUAAUGAUGCCUGUCUGAGCAUCGUCCACAGUCUGAUGUGCCACAGGCAGGGCGGCGAGAGCGAGACGUUCGCUAAGCGGGCCAUCGAGAGUCUGGUUAAGAAACUGAAGGAGAAGAAAGACGAGCUGGAUUCACUCAUCACGGCCAUCACCACUAACGGAGCUCAUCCCAGCAAAUGCGUCACCAUACAGCGCACGCUAGAUGGACGACUGCAGGUGGCCGGGCGUAAAGGGUUUCCUCAUGUCAUAUACGCACGGUUAUGGCGAUGGCCAGACCUUCAUAAGAACGAGUUGAAACAUGUCAAGUACUGCCAGUUUGCCUUUGACUUGAAAUGUGACAGCGUGUGCGUGAACCCUUACCAUUACGAGCGGGUGGUGUCUCCAGGAAUAGACUUAUCUGGACUUACACUGACAAGCUCUGGUCCGUCAGCACUGAUGGUAAAGGAUGAGUAUGAUUAUGACGGUCAGCAGUCUCUGCCCAGCUCUGAGAGUCACAUGCAGACGAUUCAACACCCUCCGUCCAGACCGGUGAACCAAGAGCCCUUCAACACCCCAGCGAUGCUGCCGGCAGCUGAGGGCAGCACAUCAGCCUCCACCUCCGCCUUCCCCAGUAUCGCGGUGGGAUCCACAACUCAAUCCAGUAGUGUUCUCUCAGGAACUCAUUGCACUGACGGUCUUCUGCAGAUAUCUUCAUGCACAGGUCAGGGCUCACUGCUGAAUGGCUUCCCCCCAGGCCAGACCUCCACAUACCAUCACAAUGCCACCUGGACGAGGAACAGUAACUUCCCCCCCAGCGUGCCUCACCAUCAGAACGGCCAUCUUCAGCAUCAUACACCCAUGUCCCAUCCGGCACACUACUGGCCUGUACACAACGAAAUCGGAUUUCAGCCACCGAUAUCCAACCAUCCUGCUCCUGAUUACUGGUGCUCCAUUGCUUAUUUCGAGAUGGACGUUCAGGUGGGUGAGACCUUUAAGGUUCCCUCCUCCUGUCCUAUCGUCACCGUGGACGGGUAUGUGGACCCCUCUGGAGGAGAUCGGUUCUGCCUCGGACAGCUGAGUAACGUCCACAGAACGGAGGCCAUUGAGAGGGCACGACUCCACAUCGGUAAGGGCGUCCAGCUGGAGUGCAAGGGCGAGGGAGACGUGUGGGUUCGCUGUCUCAGCGAUCAUGCCGUCUUUGUCCAGAGCUACUACUUGGACCGGGAGGCCGGACGCGCUCCUGGCGACGCUGUGCACAAGAUUUACCCGAGCGCGUACAUCAAGGUGUUUGAUUUGCGUCAGUGUCACAGACAGAUGCAACAGCAGGCGGCUACAGCGCAGGCAGCGGCCGCAGCGCAGGCAGCAGCAGUCGCAGGGAACAUCCCCGGCCCGGGAUCUGUGGGAGGAAUCGCACCUGCAAUCAGUUUGUCUGCAGCUGCCGGUAUCGGCGUGGAUGACCUCCGUCGGCUCUGCAUCCUACGGAUGAGUUUCGUCAAGGGCUGGGGUCCAGAUUACCCGCGGCAGAGCAUUAAAGAGACGCCCUGCUGGAUCGAGAUCCACCUGCAUCGUGCAUUGCAGUUACUGGAUGAAGUUCUGCACACGAUGCCCAUCGCCGACCCGUCACCAUUAGACUGAGACUAUAAACUCCACGACACAGACACUGGACCGAGUGACUGUUCCCACGGCAACAAGACGACCCAAUACCGCUGAACUGUGUGAAUCAGUGCAGAGAGUCGAGCACGAGUUGACCUUUUAGCUACGUGAAAGACGUUGACGCAACCCAAGAUAUACUCAACACACGGAGAUGGACGGACAGUUCCAGCGUUACUGCCGCCGCCUCAUUGGUUCAUUAAAUAUAUACGUUCGCUUUGUUUCUCCCGUUGCAUUUGUUUCUAUAAAAUGAACUUUAAAGUGCACAGGACCCCAGUGACAUUCAUGGCUAAAGCAAAGAAUAUUUUCUCAACCAGCGUUCCAGUAAAAAUGCGACUUUUCGAUAUUUUUGACUGGAAAACAACAAGACAAUAAUGCAGAUGAAUGAUGUUAGCAGUGUACAGUAUGCAAAUUCAGACAUCUAAAGCUUAAAAAGUGUUUUGCAUGAAGAAUUCUCUUCGAAGUGUUUGAGAGAUGUGUUUUAUGAAAUUGUUUUAUUUUUAACCAGAAAGAUCGCUGGCCAAAUGGCUAAACAGUGUCGCUGUCACUUUAAUGCGCCGAUGGAUUAAAUGGACUUCAUGUCCUGACUCGUGCUAAAACUCUGUUUUCGGCCAUCGUCUUGAUGCAAUGCUAACCUGGUCUUUUAAAGUACGUCUAACAGUUAGUCCAAAUUCAUACGUGCACAAGCAGCUUUAUUGUCCUGCAUGCUUGUUUUUCUUUCAGUACUAUAUGAACUUGUUCUAGCACUUUAUGCACGUUUUUUUUUUCCAUUUCUAAUCUUUUCUCUGCUGCUCUCACCACCUGUUAAAGACUGUAACACACCUUUAUGAGAUGGACCAAGUGUGCCGCACAAGCCCUCAAAAGUGAAGCCAAAACGUCUCGAUCGCCCCCCGGUGACUGGUCCUAGUAUAGGUCAUAAGCCCCGCCUCCCCAUGUUAUUCAACGGGACGUGAGACCAACUAAACAAUUAAAUGACACUUCACAUAUCUUUUUUCCAAAGAUAGUUUCUGUCAUUUACUGUCGUUUCUAUCACGUUGAUGUCAUUUCAAGUGUUUGUUUUCAAAAUAAGUUUGUUUUUAGUUAUUUGAUGCUAUAAAAACGCUGCUGUGACAUCAUGAUUGACAGCUGUGAUUGACAGGUUCUCUGAGCGAAGUAGUCACUGAAGCACCAACUGACUUUUUUUCGGGAUCUUCGGAGGACUGAGGAGAUUGGAGCUUUAAAUUUAAUAUCUACAUUUCUAUAAUUAAUUAUUUCACACCGUCAUAAGUCAAAAGUGCAGGGGCGUGUGCUUGCCAUUGAUUCAGCGAGAGUGAGGGCGGGGCCUUGAUUUCGCGGCUUUACUUCCUGCUCACUACUGCGCAGGUGUGGUCCCGAAAUCGCAACUGCGCAGACUCAAGUCCCAAGAUGUCAGCGCCAUAUCGGGACACUGGCGGCUUCAGUUCUCACCAAUGGAAAAAGAGCGAAGGGGCGUCGGCCAUCUUUUUUUACAGUCUAUGAGAUGCACACAAAGAUGUAUAUCCACAGUGGUCAAUCUUUAUAAGUGGUUGACUGUUGCAUGUGUGCACAUUACAAGGGCUUCAUUUGGGCUCCUAAAGAUACUUUGAAAUAUUGACACUGAAAUAUUGUUUUAUACCAUGAAUCGCUCAUUCUCUGAAAUGUUUAAUAACGCCAUUUUCCUCUUUAUAAGGUGCCUGAGAAUAUCAGUUAUUCUUUUAGUACAUCACAUUAAUGUAUUGAUCUGGAACGGUUUGUUUUGAUGUGUGAGCAUUGAAUUAUGGUCAAAAGAUGUCAGCAUUAUUCAGAAUUUGCAAGUGUUUCUUUUUAAAAUGACUCGAGAUGUCACGGUGACAAUUUAAACAAUCAUGUCAGCCUUGCAUGUCUUAAAUAUAGAGACUUUUUGUUAUGAACAGAUUUCAUAUUCCUGUUUGAAAGAAAUGGGGAAAGGCCAAGCUCUAAACGGUGUGAUUAUUUCUUUGAGUAGCUCCUCUUUUAGCAAUUUAUCAAAUACAAUAAGAUUUUAAAAGGA